AUGGGCCAAUUUGCGACCCAAUUGAACGCGAGGCCAGCCGGUACACUACCGUCCAAUACGGAAGACCCUCGAAAGGGCACCAACGAGCAAUGCAAAGCCGUCAGUUUGAGGAAUGGAAGACAAUUAGAAGAAGUGGCGAAGAAGGCAACAAGCAAGGAUGGGGAGGAGCAACAAGAAAAAGAAGCGGAGACUCUGACAGAUUCACCAGGUGAGAAAAGGGUCGUUGCGCCUAAGCCGACCCCUCAGGUACCUUAUCCUCAACGCCAGAUAAAGGCGAAAAAUGAGUCGUAUUACAAAAGUUUUCUUGAGCAAUUGAAUGAAUUACAUAUUAAUAUUCCUUUUACUCGAGCACUUGAACUAAUGCCUCAUUGGGUGAAAUUUUUGAAAGACAUGGUAUCAAAGAAACGAAAAUUCGGUGAACAUGAGAUGAUAGCUUUAACCGAACAAUGCAGUGCCAUUCUUACGCGCCCAAUUCCACCAAAGCUUGGAGACCCGGGUAAGUUUACGAUUCCAGUCGCUAUCGGAGGUAAGUUCUUUGCAAAAUCUCUCAUAGAUUUAGGUGCGAGCAUUAAUCUCAUGCCUUUCUCGGUUUUUCAAAGUUUGGGAUUAGGAGAUAUAAAAUUGGUAUCUGUGACUUUACAGUUAGCCGAUAGAUCACUCAUAUACCCAAAAGGGAUAGUAGAGGAUGUGUUAGUUAAAGUAGAUAAAUUCAUCUUUCCUGCAGAUUUUGUAGUUCUUGAUAUGGAAGAAGAUAAAGAAAUUCCCUUGAUUUUGGGAAGACCUUUUUUGAGAACGGGUAGAACUAUAAUUGAUGUGUAUAACGGAAUUUUAUCUAUGUCUUUAGGGGAUGAAACGAUUAAAUUUGAUGUUUUCCGUACAAUGAAACACCCUCAAGAGGUUGAUGAAUGCUUUGCUUUUGAUGUGUUAGACCAAUUGAAUUUUGAUUUUGUUGAACCUUUAAUUGCGGAUCCGUUGGAAGCAUCUUUGUGUGUAGGAACAUCAGUUGAAGAAGAAGAAGUGACGGAACAAUUAUGUUGGUUGGAUUCGGCAAAGCCGCUGUCAAGACCACGCUUUGAGAGUUUGGAGACGGAGAUCCCGUUAUCUGUCACUUUUAAGCCUUCAGUGAUCGAACCUCCGAAACUUGAGCUUAAAGUUUUACCAUCUCAUUUAAAAUAUAUGUAUCUUGGAGCUCAUGAGACCUUACCUGUUAUUAUUUCUUCAUCUUUGACAGGUCUACAGGAAAAGAGACUUUUGGAGGUAUUGCGAGAGCACAAGCUAGCACUUGGAUGGACAAUCGUCGACAUGAAGGGCAUAAGUCCAACUUUUUGCAUGCACAAGAUCAUAUUGGAGGAGAGCCAUAAAUCUUCGGUGGAACAACAGAGGCGAUUGAACCCCAUCAUGAAGGAUGUUGUGAAGAAAGAAAUCAUCAAGUGGCUAGACGCAGGUAUUAUUUUUCCUAUUUCCGAUAGUGCGUGGGUUUGUCCGGUACAAUGUGUACCCAAGAAAGGGGGAAUGACUGUUAUAAAAAACGAAAAAAAUGAAUUAAUCCCUUCUAGGACAGUAACGGGUUGGCGAAUUUGCAUGGAUUAUAGAAAAUUGAAUAAAGCCACUCGAAAAGAUCACUUCCCGUUGCCCUUUAUUGAUCAAAUGCUUGAUAGGCUAGCUUGUCAAGAAUUUUAUUGUUUUUUAGAUGGGUAUUCCGGUUAUAACCAAAUUGCCAUAGCUCCCGAGGACCAAGACAAAACCACUUUUACUUGUCCUUUUGGUACCUUUGCUUUUAGACGUAUGCCUUUUGGUUUGUGCAAUGCUCCUGCUACUUUUCAACGGUGUAUGAUGGCAAUUUUUACGGACAUGGUUGAAUGUGGUCUUGAAAUUUUUAUGGAUGAUUUUUCUGUCUUCGGUGAUACAUAUGACACUUGUCUCCAAAUACUGGCUAAGGUUCUUCGCAGGUGUGAAGAGAAAAACUUGGUGCUGAUCAACUGGGAAAAGUGCCACUUCAUGGUGCAAGAGGGGAUUGUGCUAGGACACAAGGUGUCGAAGAAGGGGUUAGAAGUCGAUCGAGCAAAAAUCGAGACAAUCGAGAAACUACCGCCACCAAUUUCCGUAAAGGGAAUUCGAAGUUUCUUGGGACAUGCGGGAUUCUAUAGACGGUUCAUCAAAGAUUUCUCCAAGGUGGCCAAACCAUUGUGCAAUUUGUUGGAGAAGGACGUCAAAUUCGAUUUCAAUGACGAAUGCCUCAAAGCCUUCGACGACUUGAAAACAAGGUUAGUACAUGCCCCUAUUAUUGUUGUGCCCGAUUGGAAUGAACCUUUUGAGCUUAUGUGUGAUGCCAGCGAUUUUGCAGUAGGUGCCGUGUUGGGUCAAAGAAAGAAUAAAAUUUUUCAUUCAAUUUACUAUGCUAGUAAAACUCUCAACGAUGCACAAUUGAAUUAUACCACCACUGAAAAAGAGUUGCUAGCAGUUGUUUUUGCAUUCGAAAAAUUUAGAUCAUAUCUUAUUGGCACCAAAGUCAUUGUCUUCACGGACCACUCGGCUUUAAAAUAUUUGAUAGAAAAGAAAGAGGCAAAACCUAGACUUAUUAGGUGGGUAUUAUUGUUGCAAGAGUUCGACUUGGAAAUUCGUGACCGUAAGGGUAGCGAAAACCAAGUAGCCGAUCACUUAUCUAGGCUAGAAACGGAAGUCAAAGAUCCAAUUUGCAUUAAUGAAAAUUUUCCGGAUGAACAAUUGCUUGUUAUUAAUAAUCAAGAAGUACCAUGGUAUGCGGAUUUUGUGAAUUAUUUAGUUAGCCAUGUACUACCACCCGAGCUCACUUUUCAUCAACGAAAAAAGUUUUUACACGAUGUGAAUUUCUACUUUUGGGAAGAACCCUUUCUGUUUAGACAAUGCAGCGAUUUAGUCAUUCGAAGAUGUGUACCGGAAAGCGAGCAAGGAGAUAUACUCUUCCACUGCCAUGGCUCGGAUUAUGCGGGACAUUAUGGAGGAGAGCGCACGGCGAGAAAGGUGCUUCAAUGAGGUUUCUUUUGGCCAACUUUGUUUAAAGAUUGCUAUAAUUUUGUUUCAAGUUGUGAUAGAUGCCAGCGAGUUGGUAAUAUUUCAAGGAGGCACGAACUCCCAUUA